UCCUCAAACAGUGAUAGAUGUUGCUUCGUCAGUCAAUGCCACAAGUUUUGGUACACCUUACGCAGGUGAGAUUUUUAGAGAGUCUAUUAAAAACUCGAUCGUUGUCACUACUGCUGUUACAGGAAGGCAAUUGAAGCGGAACUUGGAUUCCCUAAAUGGAGGAAAGCCACAACUUUCUAAAACUUGGGACAGUUUUAAACAAAUGCUCGCCGACUAUCGCGAAAUGAAGAAGGAAGGAGGCAAAACUUACCUUGACUUUAGGUACUGCAACGGUUACGCGCAUGACACCGUCGCCUGGUCCACUUUGUUAAAGCAUCUGGUCAUGAACUUUGACAAAUUUUCUUUUGUCGAAAUUUGCGCUUACGUUGGACCAAUGGCGCUGUUUAAGAUUAUUAAGGCAAAUAAGAGCGGAGAAACCAUUUCUAGACGCCUUGCCCUACCCGAUAAAAAACAGGAUGUAAAAAUUUUGGACCUAUUAAACUCGACUGAUUCUUUUUGCAGUGUCAAUAAACUCAGGUAUUUCUCGGUUUUUACUGAUGAGUACUUCGAAACUCUUAACUACGAGCUUUCUAUUGACGCUAAAGCCCUCUCCUUGCAAAACGUUAUGACUUUUGUGAGGAGAAGAGCUGGUGGUGUGUCGCUCAUUUCAAGAGAGUUAUUGGCACUCCGGCAUUUAAGAAGCAGAGACUUCCAUUCUUUCGCACUCACGGUCUACCUCCAAGCUAAGCUUGUCAACGAACACUCUUUGAGCGUUGAUAACAACUUUGGCCCCGGUUGUGGUAAAUCAUACAUAAUCAGGAAGUUGGCCACAAAAUUCGACCUGGUUUAUGCCCCUUUCACAAAAUUGAUGCCUGACUAUAAAAAUCUCAAAGACGAUUUUGUAGAGAGUUAUGACUUACAUUUUGCCACGAUACAUCGUGGUCUCGAAUCUACUUGUUGCUCGACCAUUUUUAUUGAGUUCACCUCUCUACCUUUCGAAUACAUAAAGAUGGUCAUCGCUGUUAAUAAGGCAGAUGUCUUCAUUGUCGGGACACUAAACAAAGUCAAAAACCCGCAAGACACUGUUAUGCUGUUGAAUAAAAAUUUUGACUAUGAAAUGGAAGCGACGUCACAGGUUGAAAAAUCGAUUUACAUUCUUGGCCCUAAAGAUAAAGAUAAAAUGCCCGACCAUUUGAAGGAUAAGAAGCUGCGGCACACUUGUAUGUCUGAUAAUCUUACUGUUGUCGCAUUAUCUAGACACACAGAAACUCUUGUCAUUAAACACGACGGCAGUAUGGUCGCACUCGGUUGGUUAAACAAAUAUAAAAUUUUAGAACCGGUCGAUGACCAGCAUAAGAAGAUACAUGAGCAGAAACAUGUUAACAAUGUUAUUUCUAGAAUUUUCGAAAUUAAGACUAACGAG